AUGUCGCGGCCGUCGGCACUCCGCAAACCGCUUCUCUACACACCGGCAUCGUCGACAGGGAGGCCCGCAUCGUCCCCGCGACGACGGCAGCGGCAGCCGCUGCAACCACGCGGGUCUGCCUCGACCAUCGCUGACUCCCCUAGACGUCUCAUCUCGUACUACUUGUCCAAGGCGGCGUACAACACGCGCGCGGAGGAGAACAGAGGCGACGGCGUCGCCUCCGCUAUCGCCAGCGACGGCGAUGAUGUUGUGGACGAACGGACGAAACGCGCCGACUACGACCAAGGCGCCGCUGAGCAUGAUCUACAAACGCCGCCGUCAUACUUCUCAGAGCCUCUCCGGCCUCUGCCGUUCUGGAGCAUGCAAAACAACACUGGCACCUCGAUAACCGCCUCACCUCCCUCUCCGCGCCGCCGCCCGACCGCUACCGUGGUGCCGUCUAAGGCAGGCUCCGUCAGCAUGGCCACCACCACCCGACAAGCGGAGAGAAGCAACGACCUCAGUGAGAGGCAGGCGCUGGCGGAGCUGCGCACCCCACUGCCAUCCGCGGCGCCGGCGUGGCUACCAGCUACUCCGACGUCCCCCGUGUCGCAGCCCGCCGUGUACACAGAGGAGCAACGCCGCGUGUUCGAGGCACAGGUGAUGCAGCAGGUGGAGGCACUCCUUCAGGCACAGCAGAGCGAGUGCCGCGCCGAACUGGAGGCGUAUCGUGUGACGGCCGCAGAGGCCCAGGCCACGCUGCAGGCAGUGGAAGCGGCCUUGGGAGAGCAGAUCAGUGCUAUGCAGCGCGGCAACAGCGGCAAAGUUGAAGGCACCAGUACAGGCGUGAACGACCGUCGCGAUGACUGUGUUUCGGCCGGCAGGCCCUCUCCCACACCGGAAGCGCUGUCGCCGCGGUCGCUAGCUCUAUCAGUGGAUGCACUGGCUUUUGAGAUGUCCCGUGUCGCCGCCGCGGCGGCGACGCCGGCCACAGAAAAGCUGCUCGACGGUAUCAUGAGCAUUCAAGACGGCCAGCACGUUCCGACGGUGCUACAGAGGGUUAUGGAGCAACUCUACCAUGACCUCGCGCGUGCGCUGGCCCCAGCAGUCAUGGACUUUGUGAGCCAACAGCAGCAGCAGCUGCUGCACGAGGAAUGGACUGCCGCGGCAAUGAAGACCCGUGCGUCAGCUGCCCAUGCGACGCACAACGAUGCACCUUGCGACGCUGAUGAACUAUUGCGCGCGCAGGCAGAGGUAGCAGCACUUCAGGAGGAGGUCCACGCGCUUCGUCGUACGCUGUGUAGCCGAGACUCUGACUUCGCCAGCGAAGACGCCAGCUCCACUAAUGGCCUUGCCCCUUCCACGCCCUUCAUCAUGGCGCCCAAUGCACAGAAGCACCCCUCGCAGGAGGAUCUGGUCUAUGCGUUGCAGAAUCGCUUGAUUUCCGAGUGCCAUGCCAUGCUAACGCGCAGCCGCCACGAGGCGCUCUUGCUGCGCCGCUCACUGGAGGAGGAGAAGCGUCAGCACUUUCUGACGCGCUUGCGCCUGCUGAAGCCUACGCAUCCUCUCGCACCUCAUAGAGCGAGCGCUGCUGCCUCAACCGCUGCCGCUGCUUCUGGCCAUGUUCGGUCUCACAAUGCCCCUGCUAGCUUACGGGUGGACCUCGGCGGCAGCGGCGGCGUUGAUGUGUCUCCCGGGUCACACAGCGGUAGCGGUUCUUCGCCAGUGAUGCAUGGCUCAUCGGCAACGCGCAGCCCGACCUCACCCACUCCCGAUGCCGGUGGCUCGCCUCACUCGCAAGCGCACGCGACAGCCAGGCAGUCGGCGGGCCCCUUACUCAGUGCCGCGCAUACAGCAGCCCCACAUCGCUGGACUCCCGUGCGCAGCCCGCUUUCGCUUGCAUCUCACAGCGGAGGGGCAGCCGAGCACGGCAGAGAUGGUGAUGCGGGGGACAAUGCUCCUGCGGAGCAGCCACCUGCGCCGCGGCACAUGUCCUCGCCGUCAUCUCAACUGCUAUCCACGGGCCCUAGCCGCGCAGCGCCACGCACUGCGCCAUCUCUUCAGACUGCCAUGCGAGUCGCAGAUGAGGUUCUGCGCACGACAGCACCCGCUACGCACACCGCCAGAGAACCAGUCCAUCCGUAUUAUCGGGAAGAGGGAGGCGGUGUUGCGGGGACUUGGCAACACGGCUGCUGUAGCGGGGAUGUGAGCGGGGUCCCUCAGGAGAAUGGCGGCGGAGCCCUGUUUUCUCGGCAACGCGGAGAGCCCCUUGGACAGCCGCCACGCGCGCGGGAGCAUUCUGUGUCUUCCCUCGAUUCCUCUGACUCUUUCAAGGAGGUCGUGCGCUGCACAGCACCGUCACUCAUGUCUGAGAGUCUGACGGGCGCCGCCUCACGCGGCGGGCCUUCUAGAUCGUCCUCCACCCACGUGGUGGGCAGACACGAGAGCAACACGAGCACUGGCAUGGCCCCGAUGCCGAGCUCUACACUCGCAAGGUCGUGGGACGGCUUGGCUACUGCUGCUGAAGCGGCGCCGGCGCCGCCCAGUGCCGCUUACGAGCGACGAGUCUGGAACAAGGCAGUAGAACUGCUGAGCCGCUACUCCAUCGCGUAG